UGCACAUGCCUUUCCUGGGAGAAGCCUGGAAAAAAACCCAAUCCAGGCUGAGCUUUUAUUCACUGACACUGCUUCAGCUGCAUGGCAGAUCAGGAAGUGAAUUGCAGAGCUGGUGACACAAGUCACCUUACCCGGCUGGAUGAAUUGAUCUGCUGUGACAAGUGAUUGAUUGCUGGGCGGAGUUCCGGUCUGUCAUGCUGUGACAUUCCAGCAUCUGCUCAUUUGUAUGAGGCUGUGCUGAGCUUGACAUGUGUGGCAGCGUGCUGUCACUGCGGCUCCUUUGUGUGUGUGCAGGCUGCGGCUGGAUCAAUGCAGGCCCUGAAUGGGUGAGAUGAAUGGUACAGCGAUGGUCAGCUAGCCUUGUCACCUCUCCCUCCUCUCUUCUGAGCACAUCGCUCACUCCAGCCCCACACAGCCAUGUUGGAAGAGGCUGAACAGAAGUGGCACCCCACCCAUGUCCAGGUCACAGUGUUACAAGCGCGGGAUCUGCAUCCAAAGGGCAAGCAUGGCACCAACGAUGCAUACACCAUCAUCCAGCUCGGGAAGGAGAAGUAUUCCACAUCGGUGAUGGAGAAGAACCUCGACCCCAUCUGGAAAGAAGAGGCCUCUUUCGAACUGCCGGGCCUACUGGUCCAGGACAACCCCGAACAGUACCAGCUGCAGCUGACGGUCAUGCAUCGCUCCCUGGUGGGUCUCGAUAAGUUCCUGGGCCAGGUGACUAUAAACCUCAACAGUAUCUUCGAGAACAGGGAGCGACGGAAGACAGAGUGGUAUAAACUGGAGUCAAAGCAAGGAAAAAAGAACAAAGACAGAGGACAUCUGAAAGUAAACAUCCAGUUCAUGAGGAACAAUAUGACAGCCAGUAUGUUCGAUCUCUCCAUGAAGGAUAAGACUCGCUCUCCGUUUGCUCGUCUUAAAGAUAAGAUGAAAGGAAGAAAGGCUGAUGGAUCAGACACCUCUUCUGCCAUCAUUACCAGCACAAGUGAACUUCAUGGUACUCGUUUCAGCGAAGGAACUGAGGUCUCACCACACAAGAGUAAACCCAAGAAGCCUUUCCUUCUAGGGCCUCAGCGUCUAUCUUCUGCUCAUUCCAUGUCAGACUUAGUCGGUCCUCCUCCCGCCCGACUCAGCUCUGGUGGGCUGCCUGUUAAACAGCCGUUAGACUCCAUCAGCUCUGCAGAAGAGAGUGGAGGCCUCAACUCACCACACAGAAGAACGAUGAGUGUGGACACAUCCAAAGACAGCCAACCAGAGAGUACUGAACCCAAAAUUGAUUGGACCAACCGCCCCACCACUGAGCCUGUUAUGAGCAGCGCUAUUCCUCAGAAAUUUGCUACUCUCCCCAGGCAGUGGGCUCCUGGCGAUGAGCGUGCAGAGGCCUGGGACAGUGCCAGCACAGCUAAAGGAACUUAUUCUAAAACAGCAGAGGGCAGGAAAGACGGAAAGAAGAAAGACAAAGUGAGCCUGUUAGAGAGAGUAACAGGGAAGAAAGAUGCAAAAAGGUUGGAACGGCACAGCCAAGACAUCUCUGAUUGGGGUCUGGAGAGCAGAGGCUCAGACGGUGUUCCUCAAACAAUGGCACCCAGCUAUGAGUCCACCAAUCCUUUCCGGGUGGGGAGUCAUCCUCCAGAGCAGCGCAACUACUCAAAAUUCUCUACGUCAGCACAAGUAGGAAGUAGCAGAGGGCUGGAUGUGUACCUGCCCGUCCAUGGAUCACUGGAUCAAAAUCCAUUAGAGGGUAUGUACAGUCAUCUGACGCGUUCAGAGGUGGAACGGGAGCUGCUCAAGCACAAGGAAGUUCUAAAGAAAAAGGACGGUCAUAUUCGGGAGCUGGAGGACUACAUUGACAACUUGUUGGUGCGGGUGAUGGAAGAGACGCCCAGCAUUCUGCGGGUGCCCUAUGUGCCUUCCAGGAAAGCUGGAAAAUUCAACCAGAGUUAGCCAGCCACCCUUAUGAAAAUCCUGAGAGAUGACUGUGGCUGCUAUGUCUUCCCUUAGUUUCUCACUGCCCAAGUUUCUGGAAAAGGUCCUAAAGAGGCAUCAAAUACAGCCAUGAAAAGUACAAUCUCCACCUGAGUCCUCAGGUGGAAUAAGUGUAAAUAUGGGGUACAAUGAAGGUUCUAAUUGCUGCAUUAUCACCCUAUGAGGGUCCAGGGGGUCACUGUAUUUCUGAGCACACCUUCUGUUCCAUGGUGCUAUCUGCUGUAUUAGCCCUAGAUGUAUUAAUGUGUAAUUGGGGCCUCUAUAAAUUAUAGGGAUUGGAGGAGGGGGGGUUAAUUUCUUGACUUUGCUAUUUAUAAGACAUUAAUUAAGAAAAAAUCUCUGACAGGUGGAAAUGUUACCUUCCACAGUAAAAAUCACUUUGUGCAAUAUCCACCCUAAUGUAUCCACUCUUCCAGACUCAUGGCUCACCUACUUAGCCAGCUCUCCUCUCAUAGUAUUAUAUUUAUAUGCUGUGGGUAAACCUGGAAUAAUGAUUGUAUAAUGGUACCAAUGUCACACUGACUCCAAGCAAUGCUGCAGUUUUUAGGUUCACUUUUUAGUGUUAUAAUUGACAAAUUAAAAGAAUGUGGUGAAAUAUG